AUGUUAGACCUGCUGGGAAACAAGAAGGUACUCAUCAAUGCACACCAGUUAUUUCAUACUAGCGAACGGCUGAACAUCCGGCAUAACCCAACAUCCCAAUCUUCUCUGGUUCCCGCCCAAGCCGAUCAUAUUGUGCAUCCACAACCCUCCAUCUUUUCCUUGCCUGCCUCACAGCCGGAUACUUGGAACUCGGAGUUCUGGCGACCGGGGUCAUCACCCGCAAAGCCGGUCAUUGGCCACGCUGAUCAGCAUAGUGAGGAGCCUAAGAUCCGUUCUCUGAAGCCGAGCGAUUUGACCCUCUUAUCUCGCUGGUGUGCCAGAACUUACCAAUCUCUCACCCCGGAUGGUAAAAACGGCCAAAUCUGGAGAAGCACAAUCGUCCGGGAGGCAAUGGGCAAUGCACCACUACUGGAUAGCAUCCUAGCUCUGGCAGCAUUGGAUAUUGUCUAUUCUCGCGAAAGGGACAGCAUACAGGAAAAUCAACACGAUCACCAGCAAUUCCAGUGUCUAGCUAUUCUUCAUUGGGAUCAAGCUCGCGCCGGGCUUGAACAACAGAUCAACCAGGCGAAAUCGGAACUGUCUCGCAAAGAAAGCAUGUCAUUGCUUGCUAUAUGCAAUAUGCUUAUCAUCAUCUCCUUCGCGCACGUACGAACGCCCUUAUGCUCAAGCGGAUCCGCGUUGGUAGAUCUUUGUCAAACUGUCAGCCACCUACGCGGCUCGCCGGAGAUUCUCAUCCGCCUGAUCGAUGAACUCCAACCAAGCGAGGAGCUGGCUUUCCUAGUCCGCCAGGGGAGCGGUCCCAACAUGCCAAACACCUCCACCCUGGCCAUUCAUGCUCUGCGAAAGCUUAAUAAUGAGGAUAGCACGGGGAACAACGACCCCAAAGUCCGAGAGAUUUACAUCAAAGCCAUCGAUCGAUUGGCCUCCUGUCUACGUUAUAUUGCGUGGGGCAGCCGCCCCGGGCUGAUUGGACUCUCCUGGCUGCUGGAGGUUCCAGCAGUAUUUGUAGAUUUGGUUCUGGACCAUCAGCCUAUGGCAUUGACAAUCAUGGCCCACUAUUGCGUGGUUCUAUAUCACUUACGGUCACAGUGGUGGAUGGGAACAUUUGGCAUUAGAGUCAUAGAUGAGAUCCGUCGGCUCUUGGGCAAUGAUCGCUUGGGCAAUAUACAAUGGGCGAUCGAUGGGAUAUCAACAGAUUGCACUACCUGUUUUUGA